UGGCGACUCCACGGGCAUCCAUUCUUCGAUAGAGAGCAAAUCUUGGGGCCAUGCAAAAUUGUUUGGGAAAUGUCGUUCUUCGAUGACUCCGAUCCCCGCUUAAUCGCCCAAUGCUACUCGCUGGAUACCGCAGCCCUUCCCGUCUCAGCCACGGAAGUUAGCCACGACUGCGACUGAGAAUGGCUCGUCGAAAGUCGUCCGAAAAGUCAAACCAGUCUCAAAAGCUGAGCAACCUCAAGCUGAAGAACAAGGCCAAUUCGGACGAUGAGAACUUCACCUGCUUCAAGGAUCAGCUGAAGGCGAUGGGUCUUACUCUUCGGGAAAUACAGGGAGACGGGAACUGCCUAUUUCGUGCCCUCAACGACCAGCUGGAAGGUCACACGAGGAACCACCUCAAGUAUCGGUACGAGACGGUGCAGUACAUGAAGGAGCACAGGAACGACUUCGAGCCUUUCGUGGAGGACGACGUUCCCUUCGACCAGCACCUAUAUAACCUUGGCCAGCCUGGUACAUAUGCAGGCAACGACGCAAUCGUUGCCUUUGCCAGGCUCCACGAACUUGUUAUAGUUAUUCAUCAACUAAAUACUCCUCUAUGGCAGGUGAAAGGAACCGACAAGCCGAAUGCAGUUGAGCUUCAUCUGUCGUACCACAAUGGAGACCACUACAACAGCGUCCGGAAGAUCGGCGAUAAUACUCAAAGUCCCGCAUGCAUCCGAUUAGCUGCACCGAGGGCCGAGAAACAGCAAGACCCGAGCAGAAAGGAUGUCCCCAGCGAACAGACGGCAGCGCAACUAGAAGAGCAAGUCAUGCUUGAGACUGGAGUCCAGGACUUGCAGCUCAUCAGGGAAGUAUUGCAGGACUACGACUUCAGCAAGCAGGGGGCCGUCGAUUAUAUCCGUAGUCAGAGGACUGCAUGCCCCGACAAGGCUGUAGAGUUGAACGAGGAGGUCGAGUCGAUCUGGAGCACGGAAGAGACGGGGGCACGGAUUCUCGGAGACGCCCCGGUUGUGGCCGUUGCCACCAUCGCUCCAAGGAACGGUGUCUCCGAGGACGCCGACGAGACAAAGACCAGGACAGACUCUGCAUCCGGUCCUAAGAAGCGGCUCUCGGCCAAGGCCAAGAAGGAACUGAAGAAGCUGGAGCGCAAGCACAAGAACGUGCAGCGCAAGAAAGGGGACAGCAACACCGUUAAGUCCCGCAACGAGCUGGAGGACAAGACGGCAGACAUCAUAGUGGCAGACUUCAAGUACCUCACCAUCUGAGCACCGAGGGCUUCCUUCCUUUCCCCACAAACUUUCCACUCCGGUCGUCGUGACGUCUCUUUGUCGUUCCGCUAAAGAGGUGCGAAGUGUGAAGACAUUCCAGCCGUGUGCCUUACCGAUUUGAGCGUCGAGCCUGGUGUUGGUUCGUGUCGACUCGCGUCUUCGAGCAUCGCGAAGACAGAAAAGAGUGGGAGGCCAAUUCUUGCUUAACUUAUUUAGGGGGGAAAAAAAAAGAAAAAGAGAGGAGAUGCAUGUGAAUCUAUGUCUGCACGUGUCAACCUUGUUGUGAAUAGACGACGAAACGAAGGAGGCGGCUCCAACUGCCGUACCUCUCAUUUCAAUUUUGGACUCUGCAUUUCUCGUCGUAGCUCGACGAACCUCUUCUCUUUCGUUGUUCCGUCGUCGUGGGAACAAGCUAGCAUGCGCCGAGGAGGAACUCUGCAAUGUAAACUAUAUUUAUUAGAGGACUAACGGAGCGUGCGAGAGAUUCGCUCGAAUUUUCCGAGCGCCAUAGACUGUAAAGAUACGAUGUUGGUUAUAAAGAAAAGGAGUACUACGA